AUGCUGGACUUCUUCCGUCGAGGGUAUGGGAGGCCUCUCGUGGAGGAAGACUUGUACGAUGUUUUGCCAGAAGACUCCGCGGGUGUGUUAGUGAAUAAACUUGAAAGUGAGUGGAAUAAAGAGUUGGAGAAAAGUAAUGUCACGGGGAGGCCACCGUCCCUCCGAUGGGCGUUGCUGAGAGUGUUUGGUGUAAAAUUCAUGAUCUAUGGUUUGCCCGCUUUCGUUGAGGUCUUCUUGAAGAUGGCUCAGCCGUUGAUGUUGGCACGAUUGGUUCUGUACUUCUCCACGGACCUCGUUUCAACCACUGAGGCCUACCUGCAAGCAGCCGGUCUCUCCUUGUCCUCGCUAGGUCUCGUCGUCGCCCACCACUGGUGUUCCUUCGGCUUCGGCCUGACGGGGAUGAAACUCAGAACUGCUUGCUCGGCCCUUGUCUUCAGAAAGGCCUUGAAGCUCAGCAACCUUGCUCUAGGUGAGACCACUGUCGGUCAACUGGUGAACAUCCUCUCCAAUGACGUCAACAGAUUCGAUCUGGCCUUUGUAUUUAUACAUCACCUGUGGAUAGCACCAUGCCAGCUGAUUGUGGUGUUUGCCUUAUGCUGGCGAGAGAUCGGAGUUUCUUGCGUAGCGGGGCUCUCCAUCAUGUUCCUGAUGGCGCCCAUUCAAGUUUACAUGGGGAAGCUGUUUUCGAGGUUGAGAUCCAAGACAGCCUUGUUGUCCGAUGCCAGACUCCGCAUUAUGAAUGAAGUGAUCUCGGGGAUGCGUGUCAUCAAGAUCUACGCCUGGGAACAAUCUUUUGGAAAGAUAGUCGCUGAAAGCCGAGGUAAGGAGAUACGCAAGAUACUGCAAAGCUCGUAUUUACGAGCGCUAAUUUUUGCUCUGCUGUUCGAGGGUACCCUACUGACAACAUUCGUCACCUUCGUGGUCUACGCCUCACUCGGCAACCCCGUCACGCCCUCCAAGGUGUUCCCGGUGAUCUCGCUGUUCUACAGCGCUCGAAUCUGCCUGUCCUUAUUCUUUCCAUUCGCUGUGAUGAACGGGGCGGAGGGACUUGUCUCCAUUCGUAGGAUUCAGAAGUUUCUUCUCAUGGAAGAACUCAAGAAACACGCACAAGAGGUCAAUGUGGAUCUUAAUGCCAAUGUUGGAUUAGUAAAGACCGUGAUUCUGUUGGAUGAGAUAACUACGAACGGCAUUGAUGCUUCGAGGGAAAUUAGUAAUGAGAGCGACUCCGAAGAUGGGAAGGGCACCUCGCAGUACGUUGAAAAAGAAGCACGAACAAAAAUCACGACCUGUCUGAUCGAAUGCCACGGAAAUGAGGAGGUUGGUGGGUACGUUGGGCCCGCUUGUAUGCAGGAAGGCGGCGAUCUAGGCAAUACGGGAGCUGCAGCUGACAUGAAGGACGGAAUCGGGAUUGUUGUCAGGAAUAUGUGUGGAUCCUGGUACAAGGAUUUAAGCAACACUGUGCUUCAGGACAUCAGUUUUCGGGUUGAGCCGGGAGAGCUUCUCGCGGUGAUCGGUCCCGUCGGGUGUGGAAAGUCUUCCCUGUUGAUGGCCCUGCUGGGGGAGCUUCCUACUGUAUCAGGAGUCAACGCCCUAACCGGCCGGGUUGGCUACACGGCUCAGCAACCCUGGAUCCUGUCCGGCUCACUCAGGGAUAACAUCCUCUUUGGGAGUGAGUACGAUUCGGCGAAGUACCAGCGAGUCAUCAAGCAAUGUGCGCUUACCAAGGACAUUGAGCUGCUACCACACGACGAUCAGACACUGGUCGGCGAGCGGGGAGUGACCCUCAGCGGGGGUCAGAGGGCAAGGGCUAGCCUGGCCAGGGCCUUGUACAGUGAUGCUGAUGUUUUUCUGCUAGAUGAUCCGCUGAGCGCAGUGGAUCCGGCAGUCGGGAAGCACCUCUUUGACAGGUGCAUCCUUCAUCAAAUGAGGGACAAAGCUCGGAUCCUGGUAACUCAUCAGCUGCAGUUCCUGAACAAGGCUGAUAAGAUUCUCAUCCUAAAACAGGGUAGAUCAGCCGGCUACGGGACAUACCAUCAGCUACGGAAGGAAGGCGUGGACUUCGCGGCACUCCUGAAGAAGAAAUCCGACGACGAUGACCAAGCUGGAGAAAAGAAGCCGCAGUUCCUCGGGCCGAAGACACACCAAAGGAAAAUAUCAACGAGCUCCAGUGCUUCGUUUCAUGCAGGCCAAGAUGAGGUUGGUGUCUUUAUUUUUCAUGCUAGCAAUUUGCUGACCCUGCUUGUGGAGAAACCCGUGGACAUCGCCCCAGAGGAGAUGGCGGUGGGUACCGUCCAGUGGAUGGUGUACCUCCGCUACUUCCGGGCAGCGGCGGGAUUCCUCUUUCUGCUCACCUGGGUGAUUGCAGUGGUCGGUGCCCAGGCUGCGCUGACUUUCACAGACCACUGGCUGGCUACGUGGGCCUACGAGGAAGAGAAGCAUUUAGCGGCAAUGAAUCAGGAGUUUCAGAAUGCUACAAAAAACAACCACCAGUCGCAUUACAUCAGAGUUUACGCAAUGCUGUGUGGAGGAUCGUCGCUUGCUUUGUUAAUCCGUAGCUUUCUGUUCUUUCAUCUGUUUGUGACGGCCUCCGGGGCUCUUCACAACCAAAUGUUCGCAGCCAUCAUCAGAGCGCCCAUGCAGUUCUUUGAUACGAAUCCUGUUGGUCGGAUUUUGAAUCGCUUCUCCAAGGAUAUUGGUUUUAUGGAUGAUUUGUUGCCCGGAACGUUUACGGACUUUCUGCAGAUUACCUUGAACACCAUUGCCAUUAUUAUCUUGAUUUCCAUCUUCAAUCCUUUCUGCCUCGCCUUCACCCUCCCGAUUGCCGUCGUAUUUUAUUUCGUAAGGAGAUACUACUUAGCCUCCUCUCGAGACGUCAAGAGAUUAGAAGGAAUAGCUCGCAGCCCCGUGUUUUCUCAUCUGUCGGCCACUCUGACCGGUCUGAUCACGGUCCGGGCGUUCAGGGCCCAGCGGCGCUUCACCGCGGUUUUUGACGGCUACCUUGACGGCCACACCCGGGCCUGGUUCCUCUUUCUAGCUACGUCCCGCUGGUUCGCAGUGCAGCUAGAUAUCCUCAAUACCUUGUUCAUCUGCGGAGUUUGUUUCACCAGCAUCAUGGCCGCUGGCCUUCUUGAUCUGAACUCUGGCAUUGUCGGUCUGUCGUUGACGUACGCCAUCAGCCUAAUGGGGCUGUUUCAGUGGGCAGUUCGACAGAGUGCGGAGUUAGAGAACCAGAUGACAUCUGUGGAGCGUGUGUGCCAAUACAUCGAUAUCAAGCCUGAGGCUCCCUUGGAGACCGACAAUAAGCCGCCUCCUGACUGGCCACUUGAUGGAGGCAUCACGCUCCAAGAUACUUCCCUGAGAUACACUGAAGACGGGCCUCAGGUGCUGCAAAACAUCAGCUGCUCCAUCAAGCCGAAGGAAAAGGUCGGCAUCGUCGGCAGAACUGGGGCUGGCAAGAGCUCUCUAAUGACGGUGUUGAUGCGACUGGCCGAACCCACGGGCACCAUCAUGAUAGACGGUGUCAACACGACGAUGAUCGGGCUGCACGACCUCCGAAAGAAGGUCUCCUUCAUCCCACAGGACCCAGUCCUGUUCAGCGGAACACUGCGGAGGAACUUGGAUCUAUUCAGUGAGCACGCUGAUUGUGAUAUAUGGAGAGCCAUUGAAGAGGUGGAGUUGAAGCCAGCAGUGGAGGAGCUUCCUGACAAGCUGGAGGCAGUCCUGACAGAGGGAGGCACCAACUUCAGCGUAGGUCAGAGACAGCUGCUGUGCCUGGCCAGGGCCAUCCUGCGUAAGAACAAGAUCCUGAUAGUGGACGAAGCCACGGCCAACGUGGACGCCAGAACUGACCGGUUGAUCCUGACGACUAUCCGACAGCGAUUCAAGCACUGCACGGUCCUAACCAUAGCUCACCGCCUCAACACCAUCAUGGACUCCGACAGGGUCUUGGUACUCGAUGCGGGGCGUCUGAUCGAGUUUGACGAGCCUUACAUUCUGCUCCAGAAGGAGGACAGUGCCUUCACCAGGAUGGUGCAAGAGACGGGCAAGGCUGAGAUGGCCAAACUCCUACAGAUUGCAGCUGACAGGCAUGCAGAGAAAGCUGCCCACGACCUAGAAGACGUCGAUGUCAGCCCCAAGUGACAGCAAUUGAUUCCAAGCUUUCUAAGCGUUUCAAAAAUACACAAGAAGUUAAAGUAGUCAAUUCAUGAAUGAAAUUUCAUCCAGCUAUUAACAUAAGAUGUGUAUCCCGAAGACUGAGUUGUAUGUAUGUAUAUAACUUCAAAACCCGGUAUGGUUUAUGGUUUAAUGAUUUAGCGAUUUUAUUUUUAGUAAACAAAUGCGUCGUUGAAACGGGACAGUUAAUAAGAAAUGAAGAAGAAAUGGGUGAAACUGAUCCACUUUGUAAAGUACAUAUAAAAUAUAUCAAAGGGUAUACGGCGGAAUAAAAAAACAGCGUGCUUUUUGGUGGGGUUGGGUUAGGUAAAGUUGUUAAAAGGCACGAAGACCAAUAUGAAUCAUGCAGUAUAUUUGUGAAAGGAUGUGAUAUCCUCUUGAUGUACAAAAUAAAAAGUAACAUGUAAUGUUCGUCCUGGCAUGCAACCCUUCAGAAUAAUCAAUGUUUAUCUUGGUUUGUACAAAUCGUUGUCUGCUCCCGUGCCACACUUUGUACCAUGAUUGUGUCUGUUGUGUACGCGGCGCUAAGGUCGUGGGAACAGACUGCCCUUUUCCUCGAGAGCUCUGAACUUUGCCACUGAAGAGAACGGCUACACAGGUGAGCUUCAGAGGUUUUCAAACGAUUACGCCGUAUUAUAUUGGUGACAAUACAAAUCUGAUUACACACAAAACAAAUGGCUGCAUUAGCAGCUAUCAAAAACAGCAUUCGAACUGCUGCACUACAGAUCUGAUGUGAUGUCGCCACAGUCCAUGAUAAAAUGUAAUCGCUCAUACACGAAGAAAGCGCACCUGUUGUUAGCCGUCCAAAACCGAGAGCAGCAAGGCAACAUCCUAUCUUGAAAUGGUGAAUCCUGCCAAUAAGCACU